AUGGAUAACGACAAAGGUGUUUCAACUAAUGGUGGUAUUGGAGAACUUGUUCGUAUUGUGGAUAAUCAUCUUAAUAUAAUGAGACCAUCUCCAGGUUUAAGUUCAACACGUACUUAUACUCCACCAUUAAUGGGCACAUCUGCUCGUAUAGCUAAACGUCGAGUAGAUGGUGAUACAGGACCAAUACGUAUAGAAGGUACAGAUACAUAUAAUCAACCAUUACAACAUCAAUAUCAAAACGUUCGACAAAUAUUGGAACAACAACAACCGAAUCAAAUAUCAAAUGUUGAUCAAUCAAAGCAUUCAAGGUCAUUACCGAAUGCACAACGAGAUUUUUUUGACAAACACUCUUCAUCACCAUUGUCAACUUAUGAUACUCCACCACAUGAACAACAACAACAACAACAACAACCACCACCAAUACAAAAAAUAGUUACAACUAUAACAACAACUACAUCAUCAACGCCAACACUAGCUAAUCAAACACCAUCAUCAAGUAAUCGUGUACUUGAACAAUCGACUGAAACUAAUAUUAAAACAUUUAAAAAUGAUUCUCAACAACCACAUAUUAUUGAACAUAGAGAAAAAUAUCAAGAAUUUUCAGAUUCAUCUAAUUAUGAUAUUCAUCGUUUGCCAAAGUUACCAAUAACAAAAACCAGUGGUGCUACCGACCUUGAUCAAGUUCAAGCAGAAGUUGAUCGUUUAACUGAUGAUCAUCAAGCUAUUCAACAAUGGACACAUUUACUUCAAGAACAUAAUGUAAAAGUAACAAAUGAAUAUAAACGUUUACCAUCACAAUCGAAUACAACUCCAACUAAUACAACAGCAAAUCCAUUAAAUACUAUUGUUAUUGAUCAAGCUAAUAAAACAACAACAACAAGUGAAUUUACUGUUAUUGAUGCUUUACUUGAUAAUCCAUUAGGAUCAAAUGAUGAUAAACAAAAUAGUGUUUUACAUAAACGUUUUAAUGAUAUUUUAUCAAAUAUACGAAAUUCUGAAUAUGUGAAUUUAUUUAAAAAUUCAACAGCAAAAAAAAUAUUAAAAAAAUCUACGACUGAAACUGUUAAUACUCCGCUAAUGCGUAAACAAACACACUUCACAGAAUCAAAUAUCGAAAUGAUUUCGAGUUCUACUGAACAAACACCUUUACUUAAUUCAAAAGAGAAGAAAAAACAAGACAAAGUAAAUAAGAAAAAAACAAAAACAAAAACUAAGUCAAAAAAAUUAUCAAAAGACGUAGAUUAUCAAGUUAUUGAUGCUAUUAUUAAUAGCCCUAUUUCACUAUAUCUACCAGAUUCGUAUUUAGCUAAAUACAAAGUUAUGUCUCCAUUAUCUCAAGUAUCUUCUAUUCCGUCAAUAACAUCAAAAGAUAAUGGCAUCUCAAUGUCUCAACAAUUGGACAUCAAGGCUAACAACGAGACAGUCUAUAACCUUGUCCAAAUUGUAAAUGAACUUUUCUUACAUCAUGCGGCUGCUUUAACUAUAUUAGGUAGUACACCAAAAAAGAAAUUACAAAACCCAGUUAAACCUAGUGUUUUAAGUGAACUUGUUUAUCAUCAACAACAACAGCAACCAUUGAUGAAUUCUAAUCAAUCUGAAACACAAUUACAAUCAGAACCGAUUAAACCUCGUGUUCUUUAUCGAUAUAUAGAUGAACAAGGAAAUGUACUUAAACUAUCACCAACAUCACCAUCACAAUUGCGUGAAAGUAUAUCAGAUCAAUCACAACAAUAUUCAUAUCGAAAUAUUGAACCAGCAUAUACUUAUAAUCGACAAAUAACUAGAGAUGACGAACAACAUCUUCGUCGAGUACCUGAGCAUGAACAACGUAUAACAAGACAAGAUGAAUCAAGAUUGCCAACAACAACAACAAUAACAAAACAAGAUUUAGAAUUACGAAAUAAAAAUAUAUCACAAUUAAGUAACCGAUCAUCAGACUUAGAUACAAUUACACCAGAACCAUCACAACAAUAUUCAUAUCGAAAUAUUGAACCAGCAUAUAUUUAUAAUAAAAAAAUAACAAAAGAUGACGAACAACAUCUUCGUCGAGUACCUGAGCAUGAACAACGUAUAACAAGACAAGAUGAAUCAAGACUGCCAACAGCAAUAGCAAAACUAGAUUUUAAAUCAGGAAAUGAAAAUGUAUCACAAAUCAAUGAAAAACCAUUACCCAUAGUAUAUAAUAUACCAAUAUCGAUUGAAAGUGAACAUACAAUAAAAUCUCCUUCUCAACAACAACGUAUACAUCAUCAUCCAAAUCAACAAAAUGUUUCAUUAAGUUGGCUACCACUUUCUCAUCAAUCAGAACAACAAUAUAUACCAACUGGUCCAAUCAAUUACGAGACAGAUUCAUCAAUGAGUGAACAUUCACCAAUGUAUUGUGUGCACGAUUAUAUACCUAUACAUGCUCAUCAUCAUCAUCAUCAUAAUCAAGCAACAUUUCCCCCAAAUACUUGUUGUCAUCAUCAUCAACAUUUACCGGAUCAUGUUCAAUACCCUUCUUCACCAUCUGUAUCUUAUAUUAGUCCAAAUAUAAUACCGGAAUAUAGUAGUACGGGUUUUUCUCGAAAUUAUAUUGAAGUAUUUCGUGAUGGUGGAACAAUACCAAGUGAAGUUUAUUCAUUACCAAUAAAUGAACCUAUACCAACAAAUUAUUCUCAUGCCUGUCAUGAUCACUGUGAGAACAAACAUCAUCCAGCAUCUUCAAUAAAUUUACAAUAUGAAAAAAACAUUCCAUCAACAUCAAAUCGUGAUCAAUGUCAUUCUCGUACAAUAGAAACUAGUCCCAAUCAUGAUAAUCUUUAUUUUGAUACUUAUUUACCUCAAUCAAAAUCAUUUGAUUAUCGUCCUUUACGUACAAAACUUCAACGUGAACAUAAAAUCACACCACGUUUACUUGUUGAGGAGUGGGAUCAUCCUCAACAAUCUAUAUCUACCGAUUAUAAUAAACAAAGGAGUACUUCAUCAACAGAUGAAGUUUUUAUAAAUAAUAAUCAUGAUAAUAAUACAAAAAACAAGACUUAA